UUCGGGACGGCAACUCCCGGCCGCGCCCGCCCGUGCCGCCGCCGCCGGGGCUGGGUCCGAGGCCGCGGAGACAAUGCGGCCGGGGUCCGACCCCGCGCGCCUCAGAGUGCGGGCGCCUGCGCUCCCCCGGCCCCUGUUUGACCGUCCCUCGGCUCGCCCAGCCCCCUCCCGGCCAGCUUGGCCCCCGCCCGGGGAAGGGGCGCCCCCUCGCUCCCGCAGCCGGGAAGGAAGUCGGCCCGCGGCCGCCGAGCCCGGCAACUUGCGAGCCGGGAAAAGUUUGCGGCGCCUCCGCGGGCGGCGCGGCGCGGCCCGCCCCUGGCGUCCACGGUCACCGCCGGUGACUUUCUGGACUCGUCGUCAGCCCGGGCCGCGGCGCGGCCGGUGGCGACUGCGGGGAGGGCCAGAGUACGUCCGAGGGCUCCCGCGCAAGGGGCUGCGGGCCUUGCUUGCUUCUGCUCCUCACUGCUAAGCCAUUUCCCC